UACCUAGGUACCUAGUAGAUAGGUAAAUAUAUCACAGCGACAAUGGAACGAACCUAUUUCUUUAGCUUGAGUGCCCCUGAUUUUGGGGGCUGCCAAGUGCCAAGAAGCGGAUGGCAACUGUCAACAACAUUUCAGUCAAUCAAUUAAGUGCCUCAAUAAUACCAAGGAACCAUUCGGAGUUUUUAUCUUACAUCUGCUUCUGUCCUUCACCACUUGCGUUAUUUCGCAUUUUCGUAAUAGCGAUGGCUCCGUCACCUUUACCGGAAUUUGUCUACAAGAUCGUGCCUUCGGCGCCUCCAACACCGAUACCAUCUCAGUAUCCUCUGUCGGAGCUCGACCAGAAAGACGGGUUUGUUCACCUAAGUAUCGGUACCCAGAUCCCUAUAACGGCAGGUCUGUUUUUCAAAGAGGCUACGAGUAUCUGGGUGCUUAAAAUCCGGUUUGAUCCCAAGUUCCACUCCGCGACAACGUGGGAGAUUGAGGGAUGUCCGCAUCUGUAUGGCAAUUUCGGUGUUGAUGACGUCGAGGCACUAAAAGAAUUUUCUCGAUUGGAUGGUCAGACCUGGAAGGAAUCGAUGCAGGAUAACGAUGGCUUUUUAGUCUAGGCAUUCAUCUGAAGAAAUUCGAUUUCACAUAUAAAAAUCAGAUUGCGUUGCACAACGGCUGAGUUUCCGGCUGAGACAUGCCUUGCCGAUCUUGCCAUCAACAAUAACAUUUCAGCGUCGUGCAACUCCCUAGGCUUACUCGACGCACCGAAAAUGCGGUGUAAAAUCAUCCAAAAAAAUAUUCAGUUCUUUUCCCAAUGCUAUCCUAAUGACUUUUUGAACCAAGGUCGGCCGUAGUAGGGACGAAACUAUUUUUUGGACCGUGACCCCCGUUGGUCUCUGCCCUGAUGAUGAAGGCGUAGAAACAAGCUUCUUCACGAACUCGCCUGGUAUCUAGGUAGAGGAGAUACGACUGGAUAGUAUAUGUUGAAUUGAAUCUAGGUACUUAGUCUUGCGUCAGGGCAAUUCUUGGGCUCGUGAGGCUUCCGUCAAAGGCCGUGUCGGAUUAGAGUCUAGCCCGUGGGAGACCUGUUGGUGGC